UAGUGAAUAUUGUUUAAUAUUAUUAUUUAUUUUCCUGAACUUUGUAUUGUAAUAGUUGCGCUCCUUUGGUGAAAGGCAGUGUGUGUUCAUCAGUAAAGUUGUGAUACACAUGAGAGCAGUUUCAGCAGAUUAUUCCACAGGCUCUCCUGCUGUAAAAUCAAGAAUAGAACUGGACAGGAUCCAAACCAUAAUGGAAUCUAUGGGGUCAAAGUUAUCUCCUGGAGCUCAGCAAUUGAUUAAUAUGGUUAGGUUUCAGCAGUGGAAUUGUAUUCCUAUUGAAGAGCAGCUUCAGUUGGUGUUGGGCAAUGCUGGAUACAAGCAAAUGACUGGACUACAAUGCUCAUCUGCCUUAGGAGCCUUAGACAAGUCAUCCUCCACACCUUUCCCUUUUAGAACUGGAUUGACAUCUGGAAACGUGACUGAAAACUUACAAGCGUACAUUGAUAAAAGUACACAGGCAUCUAGUGGAGAGAAUUCUACAAAGCUUGAUGAGUGUAAAAUUGUGCCACAAAACCAUUCCCUUCUUGAAAAUGAUCUUAAAAAUGCAACAUCCCCUUUCUUACCAAAGAAAGCAAAUGACAACUCAAAUAUAUCUAACUCUGAGUUGCUGCCUUUUCUCCAGAAUUUAUGUAGUCAAGUUAACUAUCUCCUUGUGGGACGUAAGGCCGAGUGACAGGAAAACAUCACCAAGCCUGAUGAAGGCAUUCUUGGUGGUGGGUAAGUAUUGUUUUAACACAGAUGUAGUUUUGAUUUGGUAGGUGGGAGAAUUAGAUGAAGAGAAAAAGAAGCAGGUUUGUCUCAAUGAGUACUGCCUAAAAUCUGUUUCAAUAGAAAAUUCUAGCAGCUUUUUUUUUUUUACAGCUUACUAUUAAUAUACUUGUAGGUAAUAACUAUUCUACAGAGAAUAGAUUGUUUUGAAAGAAGUGCCUGUGCCUGUAACUGGAGGUGUUGCACACUUGUCAGGCAUUUUGUGAGUUACAAGCAUAGCUAAUGGUUGAAGUUGAAAGUGAUCCAUACGAAUGGAGAGCAGCUGUGGGAACCAUAAUAUGUAUAUUUUUUUUCCUGAUUGUACCAAAUGAGCCAUCAUAACAGAUUUUCUUUGUAAAUCACAUUUGACCUAAGCUAAUUUUGAAGUCAUCAAAAAAUGUAUUAACAUUCUAAUUAUUUAUAGCAUAUAGGCCCUUAUACCCUGGUCUCAUAAUUCCAAGUUUGUGACAGUCCUCAUUUGAUUGAGGAAUGGCUGAGUAUUUAGUAUGUUCCCCAUUCUUUACAUAGAUAUAGCGUGCUGAAAUAUUGCACUAGGCUAGAAUUCAGGACUCAGUCAGAGACCUGGCUUAACUAUUUUGCCUUACUGGUUAAAACUUUUGAUUUUUUUUUCAAUGUGUAAAGUUAGAUAUUUGUAUUGGUUGAGAUUUGUUUAAGGUUUCCAACAGUGUUAAAAUUUUAGGAAUUUAAUUUAUUUAAAUAAAGGUGGUUCUUAGGAUAUAGAAAGA